CCGGCGGCGCUGACGCGGACGCUGCCUCCGCUGCAGACCUGGCCGGAGGCUGGGGCUGGAUCCCGGCGGCCAUGUUGUCCCCGCUGUCCCUCCCUUCCUGGCUCCCCAGCCUCCCCUCCCUCGAGUGGGGCUCCGGCCUCCUCGACGCCCUCCUGCAAGGCCUCAUCGGGGCCUGCGGAGUCUCGGUCCUAAGCAACCUCCUGAAGGUCUACUUCUUCGUGGGCUGUGCCAAUGACCCGAAGCGGCAGCUGGAAAAGGAGCGGCUGCGGGCCCAGUGGGCCUUGCUGGAGACCGUGCACCUGGCAGGGCUGGCCCUGAUCCUGACCGUCGUGGGGGCCCGGGUGGCCGCCCUUGUGGUGCUCGAGUUCUCCCUCCGGGCUGUCUCCAUGCUGCUUUCCCUGGACAAGGGCUCCCGGGGCCCCGAGAAGCUGCAGCUGUACCUACUGUGCCAGUACUCGCUGGGCUGCGGGCUGACCUGCGGCCUGAGCUUCCUGCAGGAGGGCGCCCCGCAUCGCACCCUGAACCUGCUGCUGGGCCUUGGGCUGGCCUCGCUGCUCAGCGCAGGCGCCCGGCGUCUCCGUCGCCACGUCUGCCAGCUCUACGAGCUACACAGCAGCCAGCACUACUGUGGGGUCUGCCUGGGCCUGCUGGCCAGUGCUCGCAGCCUCCCCCGGCUGCUGGGCCGCGCCCUGGCUGUGACAUUUAUGGUGGGCAACCUGGCGGCCGUGGCCCUCAUCAACCGGGACUUCCUGACCACCUCGGAGGCCAUGCGCUUCUGGACGCCGCUCACCAUCUGCUACACCUUGUUGGUCAUCUACAUGCAGGAGGAGCAGCGGCAGCACCCCGGCCUGCAGGGCCAGGUCCAGACGGUGCUGGUACGCCUGGGUGGCCUCUUCGUGCUGCUGCUGACCGUGGGCCGCUGGCUGGACCUCCUGGGCAUCCUCAUCUCCCUGCUGGGUGAGCUCUGGUGCCUGGUGGGCGUCCGCACCCUGCUUGAUCUUUGCCAGAUACAGGACUUUCCGCCCCAGAGGCCUUCGGUAUCAGCUCCAAGCCGGCCCUCGGCACCUGCCCAGCCCCAGGGGACGGCCCCCUCCUAACUGAUCUCAGCAAGGACUUGGAGUCUCUCAGGCCCCCCCAAGGCUCGCCUGGAGGCCCU